GCGCAUGCUGCUCACUUUUGCGUAUUGUUUCUCUUGUUUGCGUUAGCAGCGUUCUGUUAAGUCCAAGGCAAAUUUUGUCAACAAUUCCGCAUCUAAACAUUCACUCGAAGUGCACACUUAUAAAUUCUUAAUUAUUAGAAUUGUAACCUUCUUCCAAUUGCAAUAAAAUAUACAGUUUAUAUAAACAAAACGGAGUAAGCAAUAACAAAUAACAAUUUGGAAGCAACAUGAACGUGUUACCGCAAAGUAAACAUUACAAUUUGACACACUAUCAACAACGCUACAACUGGGACUGUGGCCUGUCCUGCAUACUGAUGAUAUUGUCAACCACACAGCGCGAGCAAUUUCUCAACAAUUUUGAGGCAAUCUGCAAGGAGGAAGGUUUUGGUUCGAGCACCUGGACAAUUGAUCUAUGCUAUCUGCUGCAACGCUACCAAGUGCGCCAUGAGUACUACACACAAACGCUGGGCAUCGAUCCCAAUUACACACAGCACAUGUAUUACUCCAAAAUCAUUGACAAGGACGAGAAGCGUGUGACGCGCAAGUUCAAGGAUGCCAAAGCUCACGGACUGCGUGUGAUGCAACGCACCGUCGAUAUGGAUGUGAUAAUCAAGCAUUUGGCCCGAAACGGACCCGUCAUCCUGCUGACUAAUGCAUCGCUACUUACCUGUGACAUCUGCAAACGCAAUGCGCUCGAGAAGUUUGGUUGCUUUCAUCUAUCUUGUAUUGCACAAAACACACGUUUGCCCUCGGAUAAAAACAAAAGAUAUGCCGGACACUAUGUGGUACUCUGCGGCUAUGACAUGGACAGCAAGAAGCUCUACUACCACAAUCCCGAGGUGCACGAUGGACAUAUUUGCCGUUGUUUGUCGGAGGCCAUGGACACGGCUCGAACAGCUUUUGGCACCGAUCAGGACAUUAUCUUCAUCUAUGAACAGCAGCAAAGCAGCGAUCAAUAGAUACUUAUAUACAUAUAUAUUCGACAGCCGAUGCCUGCGUCGAUGCUAAAUGAAAUUAGAAUGGCUAUUUUAGUACCUUGCCGAGCAGUUUGCCAGCGUUGUUUGUUGUUGAAUGGAAUCUGCGUCUUGUGAUAUUAAAUUGUAGGAAAGAAGGAAGGAAGGAAGGAAUUGAAUUGCAUUGCAUUCGCUUGUGCUAAGGCUGGGCCUCUCUUUCUCUAAUCUGAUGUACCUAAUGCUUAUAUGCAAACAUAUAAGGAAACAAAUUUAUAUUAUAAAAAACAUCAAUAUUCUAUUUAAUGUAUUUUUUUUUAUUAUUGUAAACAUUUAUAACAUUGCUAUUUUAUAGUUGCAUUUAAG